GUAACCUCCUCACUGGUCAUUCCUAGAUCUCCCCUUCCCCACCCGAUAACCCUUGCCUCAAAUCCACGCCCAUUAGCAUGCAACAGGAGGUAAAAACACUAGAGAGAGAGAGAGAGAGUCAACACUGAACAGAGAGAUUCUUAAAGAGAGAGGGAUGAGUGGAGAAGAAGCGAAGGCAAAGUGUUUGACGGGGAGUUGGGGUAUGGUCGGGAAGCUCUGCGACUCCUGCAAAUCGGCGACGGCGAGUAUGUUCUGCCGAGCCGACUCGGCGUUCCUCUGUGGCAUGUGCGACUCCAAGGUCCACGCGGCCAACAGGCUCGCCUGCCGUCACGCGCGCGUGUGGCUCUGCGAGGUCUGCGAACACGCGCCCGCCGUCGUCACCUGCAAGGCCGACGCCGCCGCCCUCUGCGCCACCUGCGACCGCGAGAUCCACUCCGCGAACCCUCUCGCCCGCCGCCACGAGCGCGUCCCCGUCACGCCCUUCUUCGACCCCGCCGUCGCCGCCAAGCCCCCCGCUGGAGGCGCCGGUCUGAUCGGCGAUCCCUACUCGGACCUCGAUGCCGACGAGGCGGAGGCGGCCGCGUGGAUCUUGCCGGACCUGAAGCCCGGGGACAGCCCGGAUCUGAACUCGGAGCAGUUCGCGUUUGACAUGGAUCCGUAUCUGGACCUGGAAUACGGGUCGAUGGACCCGAAAUAUCAGGUGCAGGACAGCGGAGGUGCGGACAGAGUGGUGCCGGAGCAGAGCAAGAACGAAGAUCGGACCACAAAUUCUGUGAUGGUGAACGGAGGGAGGGCAGAGAAUUGUUUUGAAUUUGAUUUUGGGGGAACGAAUUCGAAGCCGCUUGGUUACAGCUAUACCGCGCAGUCUCUGAGCCAGAGCGUAUCUUCGUCAUCUCUGGACGUAGGGGUGGUGCCAGAUGGCAAUGCGCUGGCCGAUAUAUCGAACCCCUUUGGUAGACAAGUCAGCAAUCUAUCCGAGUCAUCCGCGAAUCAGCCGGCUCAGGUUUCCGGAAUGGAUCGGGAGGCGAGGGUGCUGCGGUACAGGGAAAAAAGGAAGAACCGGAAAUUUGAGAAAACGAUCCGAUACGCGUCCCGAAAAGCCUACGCCGAGACGAGGCCCCGGAUCAAAGGCCGGUUCGCCAAGAGAUCCGAGAUCCAAGUGGACGUGGAUCCCAUGUACCUUUCUCCGGCUGCUCUCGUGACCGAUGCUGGAUACGGCGUCGUUCCGUCCUUCUAAAUCAUUGCAACUGCCAAGAACUUAGAUUCUGGUUUUUAGUUUUAUUUUUAUUUUUGUUUUUUUUUCAAAUUUUGUGUUAUUUUAUCUUCGUAUUUAUGGACUCAUGCCCUUAUGCUUUUGUAAUUUGUAUAGGAUGGUCGAUGGAUGUGUAUUACAAAUGUUAUGUUGUAGUGAGUAAUGAGCUUUUCUUGGAAUGGGAUUAAAGCCACCCCCUCCAAUGCAAUUAUUUUUAGCUA